ACCUCUGUGGUCUAGUACGUGUCGUACUGCCGUAUGGACUGUAGAACGUUGAUUCACGAGUACUAUUCAACAAGUUGAGUGUUAAGAAUUCCUGCUUGGAAUAAUUUCGGUAACAAGGACGCGUAUUCGUAACACCUCAAAAUGGUUGGUGCAAUUGGAUUGGUGGAGGUACUGUGCGCUGUGGCAGUAAUCUUAACAGGUGUCUGGUACUACCUCGUAUCAAAUUACAACUUCUGGAAGGAGCGCGGGGUUCCAGGUCCGGAGCCCGAGAUAAUUUUUGGAAAUAUAAAGGAUAUCGCGCUCGGAAAGGAAUUCUUUGGAUUGUCCUUAAAGAAAAUGUGCGAUCCAUUUCCCGAUGCUCCUUUGGUAGGCAUAUACGCACGUAGCCAGCCUGUACUUUUGGUGCGCGAUCCUGAUCUGGUCAAGGACGUGAUGAUUAAGGAUUUUUCUAACUUUUCGGACAGAGGCAUUGAGAUACACGAAAAAUUUGAACCGUUCGACCUGAAUCUGUUCAAUUUAGAACCGACGAGGUGGCGACCUCUUCGUUCCAAAUUAUCACCAGCGUUCACUUCGGGUAAAAUGAAGCACAUGUUCACUCUGAUGACUGAGUGCGCGGAGCACUUUGAAAUGUACGUAGAUACCCUCGUCGAGAAGGGAAAACCGAUAGACUGCCGUGAAAUUACUGCCAAGUUCACCACGGACGUGAUCGGGAGCUGCGCUUUCGGCCUGCAGAUGAACGCCAUAGCCGAUGAUGACAGCGAGUUUAGGAAAAUGGGAAGAAAAAUUUUUCAGGCGAACCUGAGGAACCGAAUUCUCGGUGCAUUGCGGAUAGCAGCACCGUGGCUCUUUAAAUUACUGGGAAUUCCUAAACUUUCGAAUGAUAUUACGGGAUUCUUCACUACGUCGUUGAAGCAAACUAUGGAUCACCGAAUGAAGAAUAAUAUUCCAAGAGGAGACCUCGUUGACAUUCUCAUAGACAUAAAGAAGAACACGGGAAAGUCUGAUUUCGAGCUGUCUGAUGCGCUAAUAACCGCUCAGGCCUUUGUGUUUUUCGUUGCUGGUUUUGAGACUUCGUCAACGACCAUCAGCCAUGCUUUACUGGAGCUUGCCCAAAACCACGACAUACAGGAAAGACUACGACGAGAAAUAAAACAAACACUUGACGAGAAUAAUGGAAGCAUCACGUACGAUAGUGUCAAACAAAUGAAGUAUCUAGACAUGGUGUUCCAAGAAACACUCAGGCUGAGACCGCCGGUUACUUUUCAUUUGCGAAAAGCAAUGUCCGAUUACACUUUCAGGGGCACAAAAGUCACGAUUCCGAAAGGGCAGCGGGUGUGGAUCCCGGUCUGGGAUAUUCAGCAGAACCCAGAAUAUUAUCCAAAUCCGGAAGUCUUCGAUCCCGAACGGUUCACGGAUGAGAUGGUCAAAGCCAGACAUCCGAUGACGUAUAUACCUUUUGGCGACGGACCCAGAAAUUGCAUCGGUGCUCGCUUCGGUAUUUAUCAAACGAAAUUGGGAUUGGUCAAGAUAUUACGUAAGUUCAAAGUUGAGGUAUGCGAUGAAACUCGGAUUCCGUACAAGCCCGAUCCUAAAUCGCUCCUGCUCACCCCCCUCGGAGGAACAUUCCUUAAAUUCUCCAAAAUUAUCUAACUUAAAACAAUAGUAAUUUACCUACUUACAAUUGGUAGUACAUGAUUACGUUAAUUCUUGUAUUGCUCGUCAGGCUCUUCAUUUUAAUUGUGCGUGAUAAGCUUAAUUCGUGAUUUUUAUCACAUCUACCUGCAACGGUAGAAUUAUUGGAUUUUACUACGUGAAGUACGAAGUAGCAUUGUGGACAAAUAGAAUUUUAUUAUUUUUUAUUUUUGUUGUAUAUUUGCAGUUUUCACGACAAAAUAACGAAGUUAUAUUCUUUCUUUUUCCAAUUGGACAAAAAUUAUUGCUCAUACGACGGAUUGAUAAGAGCAGAGUUGUGACGUCACCUUGGCUGAUUGUAAAACAUGUUUAUACAUAAAACACUGAAAUUCAAUUGCCUAUAAAAUUGUUAAUUCUUGCUUUUAAGAAAAUAGAAUAAAAACGCCAUAAACAUUU